AUGACGCCAGGCAUCAAAUUUCAUCGCGGUGUCAAAAAGCUGACACUAGACAGACAUAUUAUAGACGAUUCCGUCGAUUUUCCCGAUGAUUUCCGGUUCGAAAAAGCCAAAGAUGAGCAACGAUUUUUCAAGACUUUCAUCGAUGACGUCACUCGAUUCGACGAGAAAGUGGCAGAGACCACCGGGCGGAUUUACGAGGCGGCGACUUCUGAAAUUGCCACGUGGAUUGUGAAGAAUCCAGGAGAGGGACGGAGACGCAGAGUUCUGAGUGUAUUCUCACCGGAUGAAUCGAUCGGAAAUCUUCGAACCGCCCUUGUUCAGUGUAAUUUCACUGAUAUUUCGAGAUUAAUUCAAGAUUUUCGAAAGAAAAUGCUGGAAUUCGAUGAUGACGGGAAAGUGAUACGGGAGAUGGUGGUGACGGAGAACGAUGCGAUUCAUGAGAUUAUUGAUAAAGUUUCCGAAUUGAACUCCGAUCCCUCCACAAUCCGUAUCAUAAUGAUCCGCCAAUUCGAAUCGCUCCGCCCACAUUUUCUGGACUCUCUCAUCUCUCUUCUCUAUUCAACUUCCACGUGUCGUUCUGUCAUUUCACGUGUUCGAUUGAUGAUUUGUGUCUCGACGUCACCCGCAUUCUUCACACAAAAUAUUCAGAUGGAGACGAUGAAUAUGUUAGAAUUAAAGAAUUUUAAGUUCACCCAACUCGAGGAAAUCUUCGGAGAAGUGAUCUGCACUGGAAUUCACGCAUUCUUCAAACCGCCUCGUCCUAAGCCAAGAAAUAUUCAGGAGGAUGAUCCAAAGUUGCUGAUGAGUUAUGAUUGUGCGCCCGCGCUGUUUUCAGGACCCUUCAUGAAAUACUUGAAAGAUCGAUUCCUGGCGUGUGACUACUCAGUCUCCGCCCUCAUUCGUGCCGUUCAAUUCGCUCUUCUCCAGAAAUAUUUGGAAGAUCCCCUGUGGAGAGAAGAGACUCAUUCGGAAGAAAUGAAGAAAUACGAUGCGGUUCUUCAUUUAUUCAAAGACGAAUUCGGUGACGGAACUCGCGUUGAAUUCAUUCAAUUCCAUAUGAAAAUUCAAACGGAUCCAGAUUUUUUGAGAAAAAUUCGUGAGGAGCAAGUGUUCAGAGAGAAGAAACAAUUCCUAUUCGAAGGACAAUCCAAGACGAAUCUUCUCGCAUUUUGUGAUAGAAUUCUCAAGAGAAUCAAGGAUUUUGACACAGAAUUUUGUGAGAAAUUGAUAGAAUUAAAGGAGAAAUUGGAGGCGGCGAAAGUGGAGAGACCAGUGGAAAUCGAAGAGUCACAAACGGAAAAAACGCCUUCGAAAAGCCAAAAAAUGAGCUUUUUGGAUCUUCAAAAGCAGCGGAAACAGGCGAUGUCUGCAAAACAAAAAAACAAUCCGAUUUCUUCUGCGAAAUCUGAAAUUUUCGCUCAUAUCAUGUCACUUUUCGAGUCGACACUCCGACAGUAUCCUGCCACGUGGCGAAAUGUCAUCGGAACGUGGAAACAGAGAGACGGAGACGUGAAAGUGUCGAUGGAUUCGUCGGAUGAAUACGAUAUUGAGAAUUGUCUUCUGAAUCGGAAUACCGAGGAACCGGUGUCCGUGGCUUGGAGGGCUUUGUUGUGCCAGAGGAAUUUUAAGAUGGUGCCGAUUAGCGAGUGGGCGAGGACGUACUUGGAUAAUAUCAAAAUGUCAAAGAAACAAGCGAAAGGAGCAUUCUUCGCCGCCGCCGGUCAACUCGAACAUAUCGGAUUAAUUCGUGGUGCUGCUGACAAAAAAUCGACGAAUAUUCAUGUCUUAUAUCAUCCCAUUUCGUUUAUUCCGAGUCUUUGA